CUGGGUCUCCGGAGGAGAGCAGUACAGGAAGACAGAAGCUGUAGAGGGCGAGACGGGAGUGAGGAAGGGAGGAAGGGAAUGGAAUAGAGAGAGGGCACGAGGGAGUAGACAAGAGGGCGAGAGAGCGAGGCAGAGAGGGGCGGGGUCCGUGCUUGAGCGGAGCCAGAUCCGUGGAGCGGAAGCAAAGCGAGAAAGGUUGUGCUCGAGCAAGCGCGGAUCUGCGGAUCGACGAGGUGGGAGGAGGAGAAGGAGGAGGAGCAGCAGCAGCAGCAGCAGCAGCGAAGCGAAGUGGAGACAGACGAGCGAGUCUUGGUGGUCCGAGCGGCCGAGUGGGAGGGAAGGGAGCUUGCAGAUAGGGAAGAGCCGGGGAGAAACGGUGUUGUUAACAUGGACGAUUAAGUAGAGUGUGCUGAACAGCGAUUCAAUGGGGAUGCCCUGGAAAGGUGGAAGGGGAUUAGUGCGUAGAUCAAUUUGGGUGUAGAGCAGGUGGAUAAGCACGUCAGGUGUGGGUACUCAAUUUUACGACGAGGUUGCGGAAGAUAAGUGAUCCGAACGACUUUGGCUCCGAUUUUGAAGAACAGUGCAAAGACCUGGACGGAGCUAGCUUCUGCAUAUCGGCUCUGACAAGGAUCAGGUGUCACCAUGGAGAAUUUAAUCGUGCUCGCGGACACAAUGCAGCAGGCACAAGCUCUGCUUGCAGAUGAGGACAUGGAGGAAGCGAAAUCGCAGUCGUCUCCACCUACCUUUCUUAACGUUGUUGCCGUGGGGCACAUUAGUGCCGGAAAGUCUGCUGUUUUGAACAGCCUUGUAGGUUAUCCUGUACUGCCAACGGGAGAAAAUGGAGCCACGCGUGUUCCCAUCAUAAUCGAGAUGAAGCGGGACGAGAGUGGAAAUAGGAAGGGACUAGCAAUUCAAGUUGAAGGAGGAAGGAUCCAAAGUGUUUCUGCCAGUGAUUUGAGACACAAUUUGCAAGGCCGAUUACAAAAGUGGACUCCCAAUGCGAAAGGCCGGCCGGACGAAAUCAAAUUAAGACUUGUUUCCAGUGCAGCUCCCCCUUUGAAGUUAAUUGACUUGCCUGGAAUGGAAGUUCGGGCCCCCAUAGAAGACUCAAUUGUUCGUGACUAUGCUGAACACAAUGAUGCAGUUCUCCUCCUUGUUAUCCCUGCGACCCAAGCUGCAAAUAUCUUGGGAGCUCGUGCGUUGAAACUGGUCCAAGAUCUUGACGGCGAAGGUACCAGGACCGUUGGUGUUAUUAGUAAGGUCGAUCAAGCAGCUGCGGAUCCUAGAAGCUUGGCUGCGGUGCAAGCACUUCUUUCAGGUCAAGGACCCUCGUCCACAGCGGAAUUCCCUUGGGUGGCUUUGAUUGGACAGUCGGUCUCAAUUGCUGCUGCACACGCUGGUGGUGGAGCCGAAGAUUCUUUGGAGACAGCCUGGAGAGCAGAAGCAGAAAGUCUUAAACAAAUUCUACCUCAGGCAUCACCUUCAAAGCUUGGGAGAGUAGCUCUCGUUGAGACACUUUCUUCCCAAAUCCGGAAGCGCCUGAAGAAUCGCCUCCCUUCACUUCUCUCUGGUUUGGAGGGAAAAUCACAAAUUGUAGAAGAAGAGCUUGUCAGGCUCGGAGAAAUGAGGGUGGAGACCUCAGAGGGCACUCGAGCAAUUGCUCUCGAGUUAUGUCGCGAGUUCGAUGACAAGUUUAUACAAACAAUAUCAUCUGGCGAGACUGGAGGCUGGAAGGUUGUUUCAAGUUUCGAAGGAACGUUACCGAACAGAUUCAAGAAUCUUCCUCUAAGCGAGCUUUUUGAUAUAAACAGUAUCAAGAGAUUGGUUUUGGAAGCGGAUGGGUAUCAACCUUACCUGCUGUCCCCAGAGAAAGGGCUUAGGGCGUUGGUGAAGAAGGCAUUGGAGUUGGCAAAAGAUCCAGCAAAGAGCUGCGUUGAUGAAGUACAUCGGAUACUUGUGGAUAUCGUCUCCGCUGCUGCGUCUCUGACCCCUGGUUUGGGUCGAUAUCCUCCUCUGAAGCGGGAGAUAGUUGCCAUUGCAAGUGCUGCCCUUGAAGAGUACCGAGUGGAAGCUCGGAAAAUGGUUGUUGCUCUUGUGGAUAUGGAGCGCGCGUUCAUUCCACCUCAACACUUCAUCAGGCUUGUCCAGCGCAGGAUGGAGAAACUCAGGAAAGAAGAUGAACUGAGAGGUAGAGCCACAAAAAGAGCUCAGGAUUCGGAGGUUGCUUUGCUGAACAAGGCCACGGCACCUCAACCAACCAAUUCCUCAGGAGGAGGGAUUUUGAAGUCUCUUAAAGGCCAGAAAGAAGACAAGGAGAAAGAGGGCCCUGAGCCCGUUUCGACAUUGCAGACUGCCGGACCCAAUAAUGAGAUUGUAGCCGGUUAUCUUUCCAAAAGGAGCGCUAAAACCAAUACAUGGGUGAAGCGUUGGUUUGUGCUUAAUGAGAAAACUGCCAAGUUUAGCUACACCAAGAAACCCGAGGAGAAGCACUUUCGUGGUGUCAUCAAUUUGGAGGAAUGUGUCAUCGAAGAUGCUUCCGACUCUGACAUGGAGGAUGGGGCACCUGAGCCUACCUCCAAGAAAAGCUCCAAAGACAAGAAGAAUGCGAACGGUGAUGCAAACAAGAUUUCAGCUGCUGCCCUCGCAUUCAAGAUCAGCAACAAAGUUGCCUACAAAACUGUUCUGAAAGCACAUCAUAACAUUGUAUUGAAAGCUGAAAAUAUGGCCGAUAAGUUGGAUUGGAUGAAUAGGCUUAGAAAGUGUAUUGGUGGUGGAACAACACCCACAAAGGAACCUGAUAACUCAAGUUCGAAGAAAGGGACGACGUUGAAGUCAUCUUCAUCUGCUCCCUCAUUGACUGAAUCUAACUCAUCCUCUCGGUCGGAUGGCCCUGUGGAGCCCACCUAUCAAAGGAAGCCAAUGGAUCCAGAAGAAGAUCUUCGGAUGAUGGCCCAAGAAGUGCGUGACUAUGUUGAAGCUGUUCUUAACAGUCUUGCAGCCAAUGUUCCCAAGGCCGUUGUUCUCUGUCAAGUAGAAAGAUCGAAGGAUGCAAUGCUUGCUCAAUUGUACAGCUCUAUAAGUGCACAUCCUACCCCGAAGAUUGAAGAGCUACUGAAGGAGGAUGGUGAAGUGAAAAAGCGUCGGGAACGAUGCCAGCGUCAGGCUAAUUUGCUAUCGCAGUUGACUCGCCAGCUGAGCGUGCAUGAAGCAAAGGCAGCAGCAGUUUCUGGAUUCUCUGAUAGUAGCAGUAAUGGACCGGGAUCCCCGAAGGCUCCGGAAACGGAAGAUUGGCGGCUCGCAUUUGACCAGGCUGCUAAUUCAUCAUCGCAUUCUCACUCACGUAGCGAACGUAGCCCCCGCCCGUCACGAGGUGCGGGUAUGAAUGGCGAGAUUAGUGGGCGCCACAGUGAUAACGAUGAAAAUGGUGAUGUUGGCAACCAAAGCCGGAGGACUCCUACCCGACUGCCGCCACCUCCUCCAGGGAGCAGCCAACCUGUGUAUAGAUAUUAGUCAGCCAAGGCUGCAGGCUUUACUUCUGCAGGUAAACCCCGGGUCUUAUAGAGCGCCUUCACCUUCAGUGUGGCUGGUGCAAUUUACAUAGCAUUAGUAUAUCUCAAUUGGUUGGGGGUCUAAGGUAGCAUAAGUUGAAUCAAUUUUUUUCUGGGUGCAAGGUGGUGGGUUUGUGGGUCGUUUCAUGUUUUACCCACGAGAUAUUUUGAAGACGACUACUUCCUGUUGUCUCAUAUUAUGGUAUAUUCCGAAAGCUGAAUUUGUCGUGGUUAGACCGCCAUUCCAUACUCAACGUAGAGCUGAGUUUGCCCAUCCCUUGACUCAGGUUGCAUUAUAAUCAGACGAGAAUGUCCGUAUUGUUCCAAUCUUUUGUAGGCGGAAAUUUCCAGAAUGUUGUGUAUUUCUGCUUUAAAUCAAAUUUUUCCCGUAAUCAUUCAGCGGAGAGUUGUGCAUAUAGCAU